AUGGCAAACAGCAGUGCCAAGAGAGCACAUGAGCGAGGCAGGCACAACCAUGGGCGAGUUGGGUCCUCUGCUCGGGGAGCAGCCCAAACAUCGGGGCCUGGCUGCAGCGCAGACACCAUGCCGGCCCCUGGCAUUGACAGGUUUCAUGUAAGGCGGUGCAGGUCUCCCCGCCCCUCCAUCUGCUCCUCUCCCUUGGCAAGGGCAUCAUGGCAGACAUCAAACGACACCCAGGCCCUCGGUCGAGUGCGGCACUCAUGGCGCUCCGGAUUGCGCCGUGCCCCUCUGAUCCCAUUGAGGGGCUUCAUGGGAUUGCAUCCCAGUUCCCUCUCCAUCCAACGUUUCCAGCUGCCAAUACGUUGGAUGCCCCCCCGCGCCCCAACCCACCAAGCAGACACAAUCCAGAAUCCCCGCUGCGACUCGCACCUGUCCAUGGGUCGUGCGGCUGUCUCGGCGGCGGCGCCCCCCGCCGCAUCCACCAUCAUCUUCCAGGAGGCCACCAGCGCCUUGGCCUGA